UUACACAGUACCAUAAGUGCGCCAAUAUAAUACAACAAAAACAACCAAAACAAACAUUCUCAAUCCGGCAGUGGCGGAAACAGCGAAAAUGAGGUGUUUGUAGCGUCCGUUGGAAAGCAAUCCGCAGCGGGAAUUAAUUGACUUGCAUGACCGAAACUUCUCUUUGCUAAGCAGUGAAAGGUUGAAUUGUCCUACGAUGUCGAGCAAACCAUCUAGGCCAGCUCCACCCCCACCGAAACCAGGUAGCGUGAAAGUUUUCCGGGCGCUCUACAAAUACCAAGCUCAACAGCAAGAUGAGCUCUCGUUCGAAGAAGGAGACUUGCUGUACGUUUUCGACAUGACGUCUGAUCCGAACUGGUGGAAAGCGCGGUGUGACCGCCGAUCGGGACUUAUUCCGAGUAAUUAUGUUGAAGAGAAUGCAGAGGAAGUUCUUCACCCUCUUCAUGAGUCAGCAAAACGAGGCAACCUGCAGUUCCUAGAAGAGUGCCUUUCCAACAAGGUUUCAGUCAAUAGUCUCGAUAAGGCCGGAUGCACAGCAUUGCACUGGGCAGCGCAUGGAGGUCACACUGAGUGCGCUCGAAUACUCCUUUCCAUACCUGGGGUUCAAGUUGAUGUGCAGAACAAACUUGGUGAUACACCACUCCACUCCAGCGCUUGGAAGGGACAUAGCAACAUUGUUCACAUGCUGCUUGCUGCAGGGGCCAACAAGAAUCUAAAGAACAAAGAAGGAAGAACACCACUCGAGCUUGCAAGUGAUCCAGAAACUGUUGCCUUACUGAAGUCACCUCAGAGGACCUCCAUUUCUGCAGAUCCUGAGGAGUACCUCCAGUCAGAUGAGGAUUCAAGUUGAUUGGUGAUUGUCGCUCAUUUCAAAAGGCUCCAGUUGUGCUUGUUUUUACAGU